CUAAUUUUAAUGUACUAGAGGUUGAGAAACCCUCUCUCUCUCUCUCUGGCUUUUAUUUCGAAAACGUGAAAAAUUUAGAGAGAUAAAUACUUUGCUAUAUUCAUAUCUAAAAGAGAGGGAGGCGGGUUUUGGUUGUAAGGCUGAGAUAAAAGCUUAAGGCUGGGUUUUAAUUGGUGUUAAAGAAAGAGAGGUUGGUUGGUGUUUAGUGAAGGAAGGAAGGAAGGAAGGAAGGAAGGAUUGAUGAGUGACUCUGUUCAUAAUCCUGUCUGGACCUCUUGCAAGGAUGCAGCAGGAAUCGCCGGGAAUAUCUUUGCUUUUGGGCUGUUUGUAUCACCUAUACCAACAUAUAGGAGAAUCAUCAGAAACCGUUCAACGGAACAGUUCUCGGGGUUGCCGUAUAUAUAUGCACUAAUGAAUUGCUUGAUCUGCAUGUGGUACGGCAUGCCCCUCAUAUCUGCUGAUAAUCUUUUGGUUGUCACUGUCAAUUCUUUCGGCACUGUAUUUCAAUUAGCCUACAUUAUCUUGUUUAUAAUAUAUGCCGAGAGAAAAAUAAAGGUUAGUAUGUUAGCUUCGCUGCUAGUGGUGCUUGUCCUAUUUGCAAUCAUAGUAGCAGGAAGCUUGCAAAUCCAUGAUCGAAUGAUACGGUGGAUCUCUGUUGGGUCAUUGACUGUUGUUUCUCUCAUAUCAAUGUUCGCUUCCCCGUUGUUUAUAAUUAAUUUGGUGAUCCAAACAAAGAGUGUUGAAUUCAUGCCAUUUUAUCUCUCCCUUUCCACUUUCUUGAUGAGCACCUCUUUCUUGCUGUAUGGAGUAUUGAAUUUCGAUGCCUUUAUUUAUGUUCCAAAUGGCAUUGGUACCAUUUUGGGAAUUAUACAGUUGAUGUUAUACCUUCACUAUAAGAAGAAAUCCGUACAAGAGUCCAAAGAACCCUUGAUAGUUUCGCACGCAUAAAAUGGACAUACUGGCAAAAGAAGGGUUGAACUAGCAGUUAGUAAAGUUAACGUUUGUUCUGUUUGCUUGUUAUCCAAGACAGUGACUUGAUCGGUUGCUGUUCGCUUUUUCAAGGUGACCGUGGUUGUCGAGAUGUGCGCGCAAGAAUCCUUGCAAGUACUGUGUUUAUUGGGAGCCUGGACUCCUGAGAAUAAUUUUUCUCCCUGGUGAUGGCAUCCAUUUAUUGAGGACUGCUUUCCCAAGUUGCAGCCUUUUCUAUUCGGUUACUCUACUCUUACCUUUCCUCCUGAUCUCCUAUUUUAAUGUUGUUUGAUCAGUUGCCCCUCCCUUGUUGCAAUGUUGUUCCAUUUGUGAUGAGCAUCAUUGUUCUUCCAAAAAUAAAAUCUGAUUUGAUGCCCUAA